CGAGAAGGAUAGAUGGGGAUGAGUGCGCGCGCGCACACGCACAGUAGAAGAAGAGUCGCAUUCGCGUCCGUGUCAUCGUCGUCCACCAUUUGUUCAUUCCACCAAGCCCAAACAAGCACAGCAAGAAAGCAGAGGAGAGCAAAGCAAAGCGCGACUGAUACAUGUCGUCCAGCCCGCAGCUGAGCCUGAGUGGCUGCAGCUCGCUCUUCUCCCUCUCCAGCACCAACACCGGCCGCGACAAUGACAGCGCUACCGCCGAGCCCGUGCCCGUGCCACCGUCACUUCAUCCGCUGCCCCCACGCCGUCCUCCCGGCCCUCUUCUGUCGCUCAGCGUCGGCGGCGGCUGCGGCGAGGAGGAGGAGGAGGAAGAGUACUUGCUGGGCGGCCUGGAUCUGCAGCUGAUGGGCAGCGGCAGCAGCUGCGACGGCGACGACGAGCGCAAGACCAUCCGGAUGAUGAAGAACAGGGAGUCUGCGCUCCGCUCCAGGGCAAGGAAGAGGGCGUAUGUGCAGGAGCUGGAGAAGGAGGUUCGUCGCCUGGUGAAUGAGAACCUCAAGCUCAAGAGGCAGUGCAAACAACUGAAAGUGGAGAUGUCUGCACUGGUCCAGUCAAGCAGCAGCAGCAAGAGCUCCCACAUCCGAAGAACCUCCUCAUCCACGCAGCUCUAGCUAGCUUCUGCCUUUUGACACUGCGAUAGAUUGGUUGGAUCCGCUACUCUUGCUCCUAUCUCACUCCUAUAUGAGUCCUAUCAAAGACAGAUGGAUCAAGAUGAGAACACGCUAGGAGGAUGAAGAGCACCAUGCAUCUACUUAAUUACCGCGUAUCGAUGAUUAAUUCUCGCGGUCUGUUGCAUAGUGCUACACUAGCUACCUACCUUGCUUUUAUUAGGUGCGUCGAUGCGUGCAAAUCAAUGUUUCAGUACUUGCGUGCGCUCUGCAGUUUCACUGUAUACUCCUGCAAAUCUGCAGGAUGACCUGCCCUGCGGAGACCUCAAGUUCUGGAGCCUUCCACUAGUUUCCCUGGCUGUAAUGUAGUAGCACUUGAUUCCAUCUUGAAUGAAUCGGAUUAACAGGAACAGAUAGUUUAAUUAA